AAUGACUCCCGGAAGUUUUUGUUUCCUCACCUGUCAGUUCUGGCACGGUGCGAGAGUCCAGCCUCGUCUCUUUGUUUUUCUCCGAGAAAGAGGUCUUCUUUUCUCAAAAAUAAAUGCUAAUCCCGUGUGGUCAACUGACACCUAAUUGAGGACAGCAUCUAACACGAUCCCCAGGUCUUCUAUCUGCUACAGAGUAGGCCUGUGCAGGCAUGGAGCCCCUGGCAGUGGAUGAUGACAUUUGCAUCCUUAAACAUGAGACGGCCUACACCGGUGCUGGCGAGAGUCCUGUAUCAGUGUGCGCCGGCGAUGAAUCGGUUGCUUCCCACUUCGCCCUGGUCACGGCCUAUGAGGACAUCAAGAAGAGGCUGAGAGACACAGAGCGAGAGAAUACCUUGCUGAGGAAGAGGGUUAAGCAGCUGGAGGAUAAGCUCUUCAGGCCAGAGGCUCCUCCAUCAGAGGGUCCCCAGUACGUGAACAAGGCCUUCAGCGCUUACCGAGGUAUCUAUAUAGAGAAGGAGGACCUGCAGAUGGAGCUUAACAAACUGAAAAAGGAGAAGAGUGAUAGUGAGAGGUUGCUGACGGAUCAGCUCCAGGCCAAAGAGUUGGAGCUGCUUCAGCUGAAGACGGAGAUGGAGACCAGCCAAGUGAUGAAGAGCCUGAACAGCCCUCAGGACUACUGGCAGGUGGACAGGGUCAGCACUGAGCUAAAGAUCCACAAAAUGCAGGAGGAGCUGGAGAGGGUGACACUGGAAAACAGUAGGCUGCUGGAGAGAAGUGGGGAGGAACCCCUUGGCCUUAACGGACCAGACUUGGACCAGACCUGUGACGCAAAGUAUAAUACAAGGGAGAGGAGCAUUCAGCAGACCUACGAGUCUUUGCGCUGCGAGGUCACUCGUCUCCAUUCAGAGCUGAAGCACCAAACAGGCCUGAUUAGGAAACUCAGGCCACUCAUCAGUGAGACAAGACAAGCUGCCUCCACAGUUCCAGUCCAGUGUCUGGACGACGUGGAAAAGAACAACCACCGCGCAGUUCCUCGGGCGUCAGUGCCUCACCCCCCUAGUGCCCCCCCACUCCCCUCGUGCUCCGGCCGCCCCUGCCCCCCUGCCGGCGGCCCGUCAGGCGCCAUGCUGCCGGACAGCCUGCGGGAGGACUGCUGGUACAACGGGCCCUGGCCCUCCCAGAGCUGUUCAGGAGAGGCUCUGGUUGGCAGCGACACGUGCUCGGUCGUCCUGCCCCCGCCUCCCCUGAACCAAGCCUCCCUGGAUGACAGCUCGCGCUCCUUCCCCAGCCCCCCCAAACCCAGUGAUGCCAUGUUCUGGGAGGGACACUCCGCUGCAUCCAACUCCUCAUCCUCAAUCGGAAACUGCAGUCCCAGGAGCCCCCCCAAUGCCGAGUGGGCCAAGCCCUAUUGAGGGGAAACUUCGAUGGGAGAAUAGAUGAUUAAAUAGUGUGUAACUGGAUGGAAAAUAAACGAAUGGAUGAAUGAAUGGACUCUCCAACCCUGCCACAUAGCUACCACCUAACCUGCCUUAAGUUGAUAAGACCACUCCUCUGGGCUGGACUGCACUGGACCUGCUCGUUGCGGGAGCUAAUUGAGGCCAGAGGAGGCCUUUUUUGGAGGUAAAGACUGUUAUCUCUGCACACCGCAUCGGUGAACAUAUCGGACUUUGCAGAGGAACAUUUAAUGAGCAGAAUAAAUAGUUUGUCGGUGUGUACGCGUCCUUGUAUGCACAUGCAUAGGUGUGUGCAAGCAUGCAUACAAGCAGUUUUAUUUCUGUGUGCAUAUACACACGUCAAACAGAGUGUGCCUGUGUGUGCAGAUCAGUGUGUGGGCAUCUUUCGCCAGCCUGUAUCUGUAUAUUGUCAUAAUAAAUCUAAUAGGGCUCAAAGGGCCGCUUUCUCCAUUCCCUGUGGCCAGUGAUCACUGGGGCCACAGCAUCGUACUAGGAUUUGUAAAACUGUACUCUCUCCAAUGCAAGUCUUUAUACAUUUGAUCGCUGUAAAGUAUACAAGGUAUGUAGUCCCAUGUAUGUCUCAUGAUCAUGUAAAGGAGAUGAGUAGGUAUGAGGUCUUGAUGUGAUUGUUUUUGUACUGUGACGAAGGACAUAAAGUAACUGUAGGAUAAUCAGAUUCUUUGUCCGAAAUUAUAACAGCUACCAAAUGGCAUCUUUUUUUUUUUUCUUCUUCUCAGAAUUAUUUUUGUUAAGUCCUUAUGGAUCAAUAUCAAAGUAGGCUGUCAAUCUACCAAUGCUUACCAAAUCAUUUUUGAGAAUGCACUUACAGUAUUUGGAUUUUUAAGGAUAUUGCGUAGUGAGUAGCAAAUUAUUUUUCAUUUAAAAACGUUCUUGCUUGAAAUAAACCACUGCACCCUCACUGGCACCAGAAAAAGUGUUGACUUCAAAACUCAAGCCUCAACCUUAAACCUGCUGGUUAUCACACGUUUAAUUCUCUCAGAACUACCGUCAGACAGUACCUCUUGUGUUGUUUUCUUUUCUCGGUUGUAAAGGGACAUGUAAGAUGUAAGGCUGUGCGUUGUUGGAUGUUUUUAAAUGUGAAGCACUCGCGGAAAAGGCUUCACACACUGAUUAAGUUGGAAACCUGCGGAGAUUUUGAAUUCUAGAAAAUGUAUCUGAACUCUGUACUGUGCUGAUGUUAAUCUAUGGUACAUUUGUUUUGCAGUAUGAGGCAGGUUGUUGUGUGUGUGUGUGUGUGGGGUAGUUUCUCUUUGAAUUCUCUUUUUAAGUCACAUGAUUAUAAACAACCGAAUGAUGUACAAAAUAAAACACAAUUAUGCGUAGAAUACAAAGAUUCCCAGAGGGAAGAAUGUGCAUAUCUGUAUAAAUGUAUAUGGUGGGCUUCAGUACUCUGCCAAACGCGGUUUUGCACUCCAAACCAUAGGCUUUGUUGUUUUUCUCCCCCACCCCUUCUGAUGUGUAUAAGAGCUUUCUGCGAUGGCGGCAAGACUACAAGUCUAUUAACUUGAAGAAAUGUGAGCUGUGACUUGACAAUUAGGUGCACAAAGCACAAAGGCCCUUGGUUGUUUCUUCAGUCUGUUUCAAAACUGUGGUCUUAUUGUUCAUUUUUAAGAAAUGUUAUUUUACAGCAGUAGUUUCAUACUUCUGUAAACUAUUUGCAAACCAAAAUGCAAUGUACAGUAGAUAUGGAUUAUAUUUUAGAUUUACUGCACUUCAGACUGUUUGUAAAUAUGAUCAAUUAAACGAAGGAAAAGGAA